AUGCGUCAGCGACUCAUCUGUCAAACCAGUCCGUCUCGCCCUCCUGGACGACCAUCAAACGGUCAUCAAAUGCCGCAUCAAAACUUCGAAAACAACCAAGGAGGGUUCGAAGGACUCUGCACGUCCUCUUCAUCCAGCAUUACUGGUUUUCUAAACCGUCAAAUUGCCUUACAAGGCCUGGAAGGCCUCAACUUCCCUACCGAAGCAACGACAGAUUUGACUGCGUCGAACGAUCCAUUGGAUACCCUAUGGAUGCAUUCCCUGACCAACCAAUCUUCAAAUACCGAGCCCACAGGCCAAGCGGUAGACGAUGAAGAUGGGACGGCCUCAUUCUUGAAUGACCUCCAGUCAUCCUCCACGAACGAAAGACCUGGGUUUGCGUUCAAGAGAGACAACUCGCCUACCUGUCUCAUUGCUCUACUGAGCGAUGUCUCAGGACAGAUCGACCAUAUCAAGAAUCUUUCAUGGGACACUUCCCAGAUACGACUCAACUGGCUCGACUUCAGAAUCGGAACCCAAGAUUCUGGCCUACAAAAUCCACUUGAGAUGACCAUGUGGACGACGAUGAAAUUUAUGCUGGUCUUGCAGUUAAUGACCCCGAGCAAUGACAGCACGCCUCCAAUACAUCAAUCAACCACGCCGAUCAAGUUAGUCGUAAUCUCAACCUACUUGCAACUCCUCGACUUGUUGGAUGUAUUUCUAUCCCAAGUCCGACAAAGGAUACUAGAACAAGAAGUCAUCCCGAAUGGGAUCGAUGAGGACCAAUUUGCAUUCCGAUACCAUGUCAAGGGCACCAUGGAGCUUAUCAAACAUCAUCUCGUUCUAAUUGAGAAUUACUUCGGUCUUCCCGAGGAUAUGAGAUAUUGGCCAGACUGGAGGACAACAAGGGGAUUUUUGAACGUGCAGGAGGCCUCCAUGUUUCGACACAUCACGGCGGAACAAAAUCAGAGUGGGACGCGAGACGGAGUUUGCAGGGUACACAAACUGAGAUCUACCAUACAGUCGCUGUCAUCGUUGCUUAGUUAG